AUGUCUAAAAUUGGAGAUCCACGUCUCGGAGAUCUUUUGCAAGUACCUUACUCUGGUAAUAAGAAAGCAAAAGUUGCAAUUUUGGGGUAUCCAUGUGAUAUUGGAGUUGAACGGAACAAUGGUCGUGUUGGUUCUAAAAAUGGACCUUGUUGUAUUCGCAAAAAGUUAGAAAAAAUGGGUACAGUAAUCAAUCCAGAAUUUAAUAUUGAUUUGAAUAAUAUUCAUUUUGAGGAUCGUGGCGAUAUACAGAUUAGUGAUACGCUUGAAAAUAAUCAUGAAAUUUUAGCAUCAGAAGUUUCUAGUUUGUUAAAUGAUGGUUUUAUAGUUAUUGUUGUUGGAGGAGGUAAUGAUCAAAGUUAUCCCAAUGCUAAAGGCCUCAUGUCUUCAAUGAAAUCUGGAAAUAUUGGAGUUGUUAAUAUUGAUGCUCAUCUUGAUGUGCGUCCUCUUAUUAAUGGCAGUCUCGCUCAUUCAGGAAGUCCUUUUCGCCAAUUGCUUGAGGAUGAUAUGUAUAUUAAAGAUAAGGGAAUGUUUUUAGAAUUUGCUAGUCAAGGCAGUCAAUGUUCUGCAGAGCAUGUAAAAUAUAUCCAAAGUAAAAGCGGUAAAAUUGUAUGGCUAUCUGAGAUACAUAAGAAGGGUGCAAAUGAAUGUUUUAAAAAUGUCCUUAACGAUCUUCAGGGUCGACCAUUGUUUGUUUCUUUUGAUAUUGAUUCUAUAAAAGGCGCCGAUUGCCCAGGCGUUAGUUGUCCUUCUGUUAUUGGGUUAUCUGCGCAGGAUGCUCUUGAUAUUUGCUUUUUAGCAGGUAAAAAUACUUAUACCAAGUUAUUAGAUUUAAGUGAGUUCAAUCCAAACAUUGAAGAAGAUCGCACAGCUAGAUUGGUUGUUAACAUGAUUUAUUAUUUCUUACUGGGUAUAGCUGAAAGAUAG